UUUUUAGCUUCCCGCCUGGCUGCCUUUCUCGGUGCGUAGGUCCGGGUCGGGAGGCAGGCUGGGUCCCUCUUCUGCCCGGAAUCGCGACUCCUCAAAAGGUGUCCAGUCCAAUCCUGUGUUAAGCAGUUCGUGGUGGGCAGAGCUCCGAAGACUUACAAGACAAAGCUGCAUUUCCUCGGGAUUCAGAGCAGAAGAAAGCUCAGAGUCAGGACAGAAAGGAGCACAGAACCAGCAUCUAUGGCUUUAUCCAUGCUACACAGUGUCAAGGAGGAGGUGACCUGCCCCAUCUGCCUGGAGCUCAUGACAGAACCUGUGAGCACUGACUGUGGCCACACUUUCUGUAAACCAUGUAUCACUGCAAACUACGAGUCCAGGGAACAUGAACAAGGAGUGAGCCACUGCCCUGUGUGCCGAGUCCCUUACCAGUUUGAAAAUCUGAGGCCCAGUCGCCAGGUGGCCAACAUAGUGCAAGGGCUCAGGGAGUUGACACUGAGCCCAAAGGUAGAUCACUGUGACCUCCAUGGGGAGAAACUGCUGCUGUUCUGUAAGGAAGAUGAGAAGGUCAUUUGUUGGCUGUGUGAGCGUUCUCAGCAGCACCGUGGUCACAACGUGGUUCUCAUGCAGGAAGCUGCACAGGAAUGUCGGGAGAAGCUCUAUCUAGUGUUGGAGAAACUAACUAAGGAUGAGAAAGAGUGUGAGACGUGGAAAGCUCACAUCGAACAAGAAAGAACUUCUUGGAAGCGUCAAAUACAGGGGGAGAUAGAAAGUGUCCAGACUGCGUUCAAGCAAAUGAGAGCCACGCUGGACUCUGAGGAGGAGAUACAACUGCAAAAACUGAAGACAGAGGAGGAAGGUAUUCUGAAUGGCCUGGCCGAGUCUGAGAGGGAGCUGACCCAGCAAAGCCAGCUGGUGAGAGAGCUCAUCUCAGAUGUGCAGCAUCGGCUGCAGGGGUCAGUUAUGUCCAUGCUGCAGGAUAUGAAGGACACAGUAGAAAGGAGUAGGUUAUUGACUGUGAAGCAACCGAGAACUUUUCCCAAGGAACAGCGGAUCACGUUCCAAGCUCCUGAUCUGAAAGGGAUUCUCCAAUCACAUCAAGCUCCUGUGACACUGACUCUAAGCCACUAUCCAAGUGGUUGUUUUUCUGUAUCUAGCAAACCGAAAAGAAAACCACACCAAUCAUCUGGAUUCUCAUUCCUAAGCACAACUCAAGGCACAGUCCGGAACAGCACAAGUCAAGUCAACACACAUUACAGGAAUAACACCCCCUUUAACUUCAGUUUUCCACAUUAGCAACCUAAACAUAGCUCCUGGGUCAUAGGGCUGCUGGAUAAAGUCAAGUCCAUGCUUCUGGGGAAUCUGAAAACUCUGAUCCCUGGUCUCUGGCCCUUUUGCUGCCUGUUCCUCCAAGUUGUUUGGGAAUUUUUCCAGACUGUCACACUGCCUCAUUCUACAGUGUGACUGACCAUGGAUUUCUCCUCUAAAUUCUCUCAGUGUUCCUUUCCUAGUAAUGUUGUUCCAUUUGUCAAUCCUGAAGGAUGUUCAGAGCCUGUGGCAUUAUGUGGGCCAAACAUGUGACCUUUCUUAAACCCUCUCCCUCUUCCCAUCCAUCCCUCUGGCUGAGGUGUGCAUCUCCUGCCUCUGAGUGCCCUGCUCCAUUUUAACUACUUGUCUCCUCGUCUUCCAUUUGGACGUCCUUCACUCACUGUGGGAUCUGUGCAUUCUCUGGCACCAUUUUCUUCUCAAUUCAUCAUUUGCUCAGGAAAGAAUCUUUAUUACUUUCCACAUUCCCAAGGAAAUGACUGAGUCCUCUUAACAAAGACCACUACUGAGGUAACUGCUGGGCCCAAUUUUUACAGCCUCAUUCUCUGCCACUGAGAAAAGAUGAAGGAAAGUGUUCACCUAACUUUCUGUACACUGAAAACUAUGCAUUGGAGUGUUAUCACUAAACAAUGAGCCUUAGGAGUAGAGUAGAUCACUUUCAUCCAGGGAUUAAAAAAAGUCUCAUACAAUUGUGUCAUCGGUGUUUUUCAAACAGGACAGGAACUAAGAGAUGCUGGUGGGGAGAAGGGAACAUCAGAAAAUCACAAUGUUUUAUAUCUGUGUACCGUCUCCCUAUGAUGAUUUUAACAUUAUAUACUGCAAAUGCAUAUUAAUAAAAAAAAUUUUAAAUAUUAUCUUUGAUGUAUACUCCAGAAAAACAAUGUUGUUUUCAUAAUAUCCUUGUUCAAAUCCUAUUUCUGCAUAUCUGAGCAGUGUAACUUUGAAUAAUAUGCCUAGCUGCUCUGUGUGUUUUCUUUUAAGAGUUUUGCAUAAGCAUUGUACCAAAUAAAUUUGAUCACUGUGAGAAUAAAUUGAGUAGAAGCACCUA